GGGUGUGCGAUUGAGGUUGCGGACGUUGAAUUGAGAAGGGGACGUCUGUGGUCGAAGGUAACGGAGAUAAACCGUGCGGAGAGUUGAGAAGAACGAAUGCGGGAUGGUCAGUGGCUAUAUAUAUGUGCAAAAACUAGAGCUUAUGGGGGAUGGUAGGGAAGACGGCGAAACACCGGCUGCAUUUGAAUGCCGAAAGAAAAGCCUUCCUCGUAGUGCAUCGUCCUUCCUUGUGCUUGGUCGCCCGUCGUCACACUGGAUCUGGCUGGCUUGCAGAUCCCCCCUGCAAGUGUGUUCGCCCGACGCCAACACGUAUUACGUACCUGCCUUUGUUACGUAUAUGCAGCAAAUCUAACCAUGCAGAUAUCAUAACUUCAAGUGUGUGCGCCGAAAUAUCCGGUACCACUGCCAAAAAAAUCCAUGGUCAUGGGCAAAAUGAUUCAGUAUGGCGUCAUGUCUCCCACUCUGCGUAUAUAGUAUUCACCCGGACCACGAUCUUACCGAAUCUUGGAACAGAUUAUUUGUCCCAGUGCCUGGUGUUCGGUAACGGCGUGGUCAAUGGAGUGGAAAUAGCGGAAGUUCCGUUAAACAUAUACGACUUACGAAGAGUGCUCGGACCGGUAUCGUCACUAUCGGCUCUGUCGCCAGACUCGCCACAAGCCAGGCAGCGAGCGUUUCUACCGUUUCUACACGGGAUGACGUACAGCAGGAAAAAUGUUGAAAGCAGGCUUGGUACUGCCGCAACCUCCGAGGACCGUUACUCGUUGUCUCAAGAUGGAGCGGUGGAUGGGUUGAACUCCGGUACACAGCAGCGGAAGCGGCGCCACAGGUAUAUCGGAGACGGGUUGCGGGAUAUUUAUCCUUCAAGCUUUUCACCGCGUGUCCGUUCCGGGAUAUUUCAAGCCUUGAGAUGCAGGACCCGCCGGAAGCUGUAUCGAUUUCAAGCUGUGCUAUAUAGACCAACACAAUGCCAGACUGCACACCUGUUGAGUUAUUCCACCGAGGCAAAUCCGACGCUCAGAGCCGCCAGAGUGGAAACUCUUUCAACAUUCUGUCGGGAACCAUGCAGCGCAUAUAUACGGCCCCCAAAAAGAGGCGUGCAGAGGCUGACUUUGACCGGUGACGACGGACCCGGAUGCUGAUCACAGAUUUGCGACGAUAGGCGUUUAAAUGGACCCUGGCGCCAUCAGCAUGCACAAAGAUUGCGAAGA